AGAUUUUACAAUAACCAGGAUAUUUUAUUUUUUUUAUCAAUCAAAAAAGGAAUUGCUGAAACUGUGAAACAGACUGUGAAAUGUAGUAAUGCAGAAUGUUAUUCUAUUAAAUGUGUAUUUCUGAGUAAAUAAAAAUAAAAAUUAAUUUGUAUUUGUGUUUUCUGUCAGAUGUAGAGAGUUUUUAAUUUCAAAAUGUUAGACAUUGCAGAGACAUGGUAUCCUACUUGCCCAAAAUCUAACUUAUUUUGAGUUGAAUUUUAAAGUAUAAAUCAUAUGUUGGGCAUUAUAUCAUGGGCUUAUAUUUUAAUAAAAAGUCUCCUUUUGGGUGUUUAUCACAAUUUAAAGGCAGAUUUUUAUUAGUAAAGGUUAAAAAAGUGCAUUUUAAUAAAAAAUUGCGAAUGUUACAUAUUUUCCGUCCGGUGUGGUAUGUCGCGAUCGCAACUUUUAUUUUGGUUCUCAGACAGUCCAUUGUAGUUAUUUUUAUCUUCGGAUUUAUGAAUCAUUGAAAAUACCAAUUAUUUACAUUUUGAUGACCUUAAGGGGGUCAACGGACUAGAGGAAUCAAUAUCAUUGGCUGUUCUAUUUUUGCGAAUGUUACUGAUCUACGUUUCCGUCCUUAUCAGGGUCACGUGAGGAACAUUAUAUUUAGAUCUGUAGCUCUCCUGUAUAGAAGUUGCGAUCUCGCCCUGAGUAGAAAUGGAAGCUGAAUCGGUUGAUUCACAGGAUGGGAGGAAACAAAAGAAGCAUCGCAGCACCAUUUGGAGAGAACAGCUUAAAAAGAAUAAUCCUCAAAAGUAUAAACAAUAUUUAGAAAAACAAAAAGAACACUCCAAAACAAAUAGACAAAAAUUGAAGUCAAUAAGAUUGAAAAAGAACAAAACACCAGAAGAAGAGCAAGUAUGCAAAAAUAUCCUAGAAAAUCUGAGAAUGAGGCAAGCUAAACUAAGACAAAGAAAGAAAGAAAAAACUGAAACACCAAUUAAAGUUAAGAUUGGAUCAAACAAAAAUACAAAAAGUAAACCAUCAACAAGAAAAAAUGUGCAAACAAAGAGAGAGAAAUGGAGAGUGGCAAACGCAAAAUACAGAGCAAACACCUCAAAUUAUAAAAAAAGAUGGGUUAAGGAAAAGAAUAAAAAUCGUAAAAAAACAACAAAAGAUGAUGAGAAAAAGAUGCAAUUGCCAAAAUUGAAACAGAAAACUGAAAAAAGUCAUGACAUGAUAGGAUACAAAACAAAGCAGUCCUUGUGGAAUAAGGCGUCCUCAGUAAGACAACAGUUGCCAGCUACACCAAGAAAGUUUGUAGAUCUUUUAACACACAUCAUUAAAAACACAACACCAAGGAAAAAGGAUGCAAUAUACGAACAACUGAUACAGAAAGAAAAAAAGUAUGCAAGCAUAUUUAUGCGUAGAAACAUGGCAUUUACUAAGGAUCUUUUAGAUAGAAAUACUCUCAGAUAUCUGAAAAGUUAUGAUAGAAAAAACAUAGUCAGAAAAGCAUUGAAGAACCUGAAGAUACAACCUAGAAAAACAAGGAAGGAUAAAUUUUCGAAAACAAAAGAAAACUUGGUGAAGUCAUUUUUCCUAAGAACAGCCAGAGUUCUACCACAGAAGAGAUAUACUACAAAAUAUGGGCCUGGUUAUUCUCUACAAAUGACAUUAACAGCUGCAUUUAAAACCUUCAGAGAUGAGAAUCCUACUAGUAAAUUGAGCUUUUCUAAAUUUAUAUCAUUAAAGCCAAAAUGUGUCCGACUAUUGACAAAAACUCAGUGGAAUGUGUGUGUUUGUCCUACAUGUUUUAACAUUAAAUACAAACUUACAUGCCUAAACAGAGCUUUCUCUCAUCAUAAAAGUCCAAGAAAUGAAAAAGAGCUAGUCAACUUUUUAUUAUGUAGAAAACCUGAUGCAAGGAGAUUUCACCAAAGUAAAUGCAUUUAUGGCAUUUGUGAAAUGUGUAGUUCACACGAGAAACAUUGUAAUAUUGUACAACAUUAUCGUGAUUUAAAUACAGAUCAAGAACAAAUACGUAAGCUGUCCUGGAACCAUUGGGAGAGAAAAAUGGGAAGUGAUGGUAAAAUAAGGAAAUGUUUGGUACAGAAAGAAGGAAAUGUUCAUCAAUGUCUAGAGGAAUUGCAGGAAGACGUUGAAAAACCAACACAAGGAACAUCCCUUGUUAAACAUGUAUUUACUGCUGAUUGGCAACAGUUCCAGUUUAACACGAUAAAAGAUAAUCUUCCUAAAGAUAAUAUUUUAAUGGUAAUGGAUUUCGGAAGAAAUAGACUAGUGAGAUAUCAAGAUGAAAUUAAAUCAGCAUAUUUUGCUGCAGCUCAGAUUACAAUACAUCCUAUAGUUUUAUUUUAUCACUCCAAUGAUGUGCCAGAACUGAUUGUAAGACAUUCUUUAGUAUUUCUGAGUGAUGAUAUUACACACGACUCAAAAGCAGUCGAGUAUUUUCAAAACAAAACUCUUGAAUUUUUGGAUGAAAAAUCUAUACCCUACAAGGAAUUGAUAAUUUUUUCUGAUGGUUGUGCUGGACAGUAUAAAAGUAGGCACACUUUUGCCAAAUUAGCACAAGAAAAUGUUGUUAUACAGCGUCAUUAUUUUGGGAGUGAACACGGCAAAAGUGAAUCUGAUGGAGAGGUUGCUGCUGUUAAUAAAGCAGUGGACUCAGUUGUAAUAGGACGACGAGCAAUUAUAACAAAUGCUACAGACAUGUAUAAUUGGUGCUGUGAGCAUAUUGUUUUUGAUGAACCAGGAUCGAAGAGAGAUUUUUUCCUAGUUGAUAAAAACAUUAUCGAACAUUCUAAAGAAGACACUGUUAAACCCAUUAAAGGAAUAAGACAGAUACAUCAAGUUAACAAUGAUCCUCAAACACAAGGUGCACUUAACAUUAAGAAGGUGUCAUGUUUUUGUGAACAAUGUUUAAAACGGGACUAUGAAAGAUGUAUAAAUUCUGACUAUACAGAUAUUGAAAGAAUAAAGAUCCAAAAUGAAGGUAAAGAAGUUAAAGAAUCAAAGAGGAAGACAAUUAUACAGGGAAAUAAAAACAGUGAAAACAAAGAAAAUGCAAAAUUGAAAGUCAAGGAAAAGAAAACAACAAUUAAGAAAAAGAAGGAAACAGCAUCAUCAAAACCAAAAGUACCUGUUGUUCCACAAGAAAAGAAAACAGCAAUUAAGAAAAAGAAGGAAACAGCAUCAUCAAAACCAAAGGUACCUGUUGUUCUACAAGAAAAGAAAACAUCAAUAAGGAAAAAGAAUGAAACAGUAUCUUCAAAACCAAAGGUAGUAAAACAAAGUGUGCCAUCGAGGACAGCAGAACAACAACAACCACCAAAUGAGCACACAGCAAUAGACAGGAAACAAUAUUUUGAUUUAAAACUUCAGGAAUUGCAAAGGUGUGCAGACUAUGAUAUCUUACUGGCAUUAUGUACACAGUUAGAUGAAGAAUUCAAACAAAUUGAAAUUGUGAUAAAUGAAGAUACUAAUAUUGUCUCAAAUAAUUUAGUAGUUGACCGUGAUGCAUCAAAUUUAUUCCCCAAACUUAGACUACAGACAACAAAGUUUGUGAACUAUUUGCCAGUGGUGGUGUACGGGGAUGGGAAUUGUCUUCCCAGAAGCAUCAGCACUCUUGUCUUUGGGAAUGAAAAUAAUUUUAAGGAAAUUAGAGCAAGAAUAACAGUAGAGAUGUGCAUUAAUGCAGAAUUAUACCUCAAAAAUGAAAAUCUUAUCAAGGGAAACAGUUUCCCCAAGAAGGAUGCUUCUUGUCUACUAAAUACAUAUAUAAUGUUUCUGGAGCAAUAUACACCUGGAGAUAGACUUACAAGAAAUGUUAUUAGAAGACUUUAUGAAGAAGAGGUAUUAAACUCGUGUAAAAAUGGAUCCUGGAUGGGUAUUUGGGAACUUCUCGCAGUUUCAUCAGUAUUAAAAUGUGAAAUAAUGUCUGUUUAUCCAGAUGUACACACUGAUGUUGUUCCAAGAACUGUACUCCACAGGCGAAUUCUUCCCUUGAAAGAACAAGAAGGUUUAUAUUCUAUCUCUGCUGCUGUAAUGUGGUCAUCAACUAGAAAUGAUGGAUUCAUCAAUCAUUUUGUCCCGCUCUUACCACUUCAUAGACAAGAAUCACACUCAGUUAAUACUGAACCCUUGAUUUGCUUUGAUGAUUCAGAUACUAGUUUAAAUGAAGAUGACAGUUUUAUUAAAACUUUUCUUAAAAAUGAUGUUUUUAUGAACAUUGAUAAUAGUGACAUUGAUGUCAUGUCUGAAGUUUUAAGUAGCCAAGCAAACAUAGUUGAUGAAAAGUCAGAAGUCAAAUCAGAUGAUGUAGUCAAGUCAAUGCCGAUCGAGUUUGAAGUUGUAUGUAGACAAGCAAACAUAGGUGACGAAAAGUCAGAAGUCAAAUCAGAUGAUGUAGUCAAGUUUGAAGUUUUAAGUAGCCAAGCAAACAUAGUUAAUAAAAAGUCAGAAGUCAAAUCAGAUGAUGUAGUCAAGUCGGUGCCAGUCAAGUUUGAAGUUUUAAGUAGCCAAGCAAACAUAGUUAAUGAAAAGUCAGAAGUCAAAUCAGAUGAUGUAGUCAAGUCGGUGCAAGUCAAGUUUGAAGUUUUAAGUAGCCAAGCAAAUAUAGGUGAUGAAAAGUCAGUAGUCAAAUCAGAAGAUGUAGUCAAGUCAGUGCCAGUCAAGUUUGAAGUUUUAAGUAGCCAAGCAAACAUAGUUAAUGAAAAGUCAGAAGUCAAAUCAGAUAAUGUAGUCAAGUCGGUGCCAGUCAAGUUUGAAGUUUUAAGUAGCCAAGCAAACAUAGGUGAUGAAAAGUCAGUAGUCAAAUCAGAUGAUGUAGUCAAGUCAGUGCCAGUCAAGUUUGAAGUUUUAAGUAGCCAAGCAAACAUAGUUAAUGAAAAGUCAGAAGUCAAAUCAGAUGAUGUAGUCAAGUCGGUGCCAGUCAAGUUUGAAGUUUUAAGUAGCCAAGCAAACAUAGGUGAUGAAAAGUCAGAAGUCAAAUCAGAUGAUGUAGUCAAGUCAGUGCCAGUCAAGUCUGAAGUUUUAUGUAGCCAAGCAAACAUAGGUGAUGAAAAGUCAGAAGUCAAAUCAGAUGAUGAAGUCAAGUCUGAUGUAGAUGUUAUGGAUAAUAGUGCAUUAGAGACAACUGUAGCAGAGAAAUCAAGGUGUCUGAAUGGCCAUGGAUUUUUUAUUAUGCAUCUACUAGAUGUAAUAGAAGGUGGAAGGAGGGAACAUUAAAGUACAUCAUAGCUGAACAUGAUAUUAUACAAAAACUUAAACCACCAGAGAUAAUAAUGCAGGGGCGUUUACUUUUAUAUAUAUUCAAAGGUAAUUUAUAAUCUGUUUCUUUGAAGGGCUUUAUAUCACAUUUAAGCUACCAUAUAUAUAUAUCUAGUUGGCAUAAAAGUCAUUGUUCACAGAAAUAAUUACCAAGAAAUUGUCAAUUUGAUUUUCAAGUGUACCUUAGCAUUAUCUAGGGUAAUCAGUAAAAAAACAUGGUUACCGUUUCAGCUAAAACUAAUAAUGACAACAAAAUUUUUAAAACCAUACUUCAAGCAUUCAGAAAAAAUCCCAUUAAGAGUGAUGUAAAUUUGAAGAAAAGUCCUAAAAUAAUAGUAAAACAUUUUUUUUUUCAUAAUCAUAUAUAUUAUAAGCAGUAAUAUUUUCAAUUUAUUUUCUUUCAGAUGAAGUCCUCCAGAAGAAACCGGGAGACAGAAAAUGACUGUUAAAUUAAAACAUUAAAUUAAUUUUAAGCUUCAGCAGUAUUUGAGAUUUUGAAUGCAAGAUGCUGAUGCAUCUAUCAUCGGAUCAUGAUUUAAUUGACAAAACAAGGUGUUGAGGCAUUGAUCACUAUUGCAUAUCAGUACUCACUAUAUAUGUGCAAACUGAUUUGAAAUUGUUUAUUAAUUUCUUGUUUGAUUUUUCUGGCCAGACAUGACAUGGCAAAUCUCAGUAAUACUUCAUCUAGAAUCAAUAUCUGGCCUUUUAGCUACUAGUAUUUAGUGCUUUUGGUUGCAGGUUUAAUUAAAAUUGGUAUUUGCCUCUUGACAUGGAUAACAGUUUAUACUUCAUCUAGAAUCAAUAUCUGGCCUUUUAGCUACUAGUAUUUAGUGCUUUUGGUUGCAGGUUUAAUUAAAAUUGGUAUUUGCCUCUUGACAUGGAUAACUUAGUUUAUACUUCAUAAAGAAUCAAUAUCUGGCCUUUUAGCUACUAGUAUUUUGUGUUUUUGGUUGCAGGUUUAUUUAAAAUUGGUAUUUGCCUCUUGACAUGGGAAACAUAGCUUUAAUACUUCAAAAAGAAUCAAUAUCCUGCCUUUUAGUAACUAGUAUUUAGUGCUUUUGGUUUCAGGUUUACUCCAAUUUCGGAUAAAACAAUAGACAUUAAAAUGUGUAUACUGUGCCUCUUGUCCUCCAAGCAUACAGCAUCUUUUAAUAAGAGCAAAGGUCGGCUCAGAAAUAUAGGCAAAACAGUUAGUAUAGUAUGUCUGGGUCAGUUUAAUAAUAUUUAACUUGUUCUAGUCCAUAUAUGCACUUGGCUUCUAAUGGAAUUUAUGCAAUAAUUAAUAUUAAUGCAUCCAUUAAAUCUGGUUGGUUGGUUCAUCUACUACAAGGAAGGGUUCUUUUUGGUACUCUAAUCAUUUUGACAUGAUUAUCUGGGUAACUGAAAAAGAUAUCAACAAGAACGGGAAUUUUCUUAAAGUAUAACUGAAGAAGGUGUUGCUAAUGUUACAACCGGGGUACUGUGAAUUGGUUUCUAGUUUGACAUUUGAUAUUAAGACAAUUACAUUCUGUAUAUUAAGAAACUAUUAACCAGAAUAUAUAUAAUAGUAUAACUACAGGCAAAGAUAAACAUUACUGUAUGCAUACAUUUUAACUUUUAAAGAUGUUGUUGCUAAUGUGACAUGUCCAAAUGUUGCUAACGUUACUAAUUUUUGUCUCUGUCACAUUAGCAACAGCAGUAAUUAAAAACAUGUUUUUUUUAAAGAAUCUGGCAUAAAUUCAACUUGUAUAAUGUUAAUAUAUGUAACACAUGAAAAUCUUAACUGAUUAAAAAAAAAAUACUGUGAAGAAGAGGUCAAUUUCCUAGCAAAAUGAAAACUUUACGUCACAUUUUAUGUCCGUUACAUGUCCAACAAGUUAUACAUUAUUUAUUUCCACUAAUAUAUUGGAAAUAGUAAUGUGUUAGAUGCUAAUUAUCUUCCAAAACCAAUUUACUUUCAGAAUGUGUUUUAGUUUUAACUCAGGGAAAAGGGUUUAAACCAAAAUUUAUGCAAUUUUGGACAAGGGUGGAAAAGGAGAAAAUGUGGGCAACCCUGUUUCAUUGGAAAUUAUUCAAUAAUCUGGUACAUUAUUUACUAUGUGUUGGAAGAUUUAAGCCCUACUGAUCAUAAAUUUUCAAAAAAUAUAAUUUGUUUCCAUGAAAUGUCUACUUUAUUUUUUUAUUUUGAAAGUAGGUGACAAAACACAAUACUGAAAAAUCUG